AUGGCGCCUAAAACCCUCUCAUCUUUCCUCUCACCUUUCACUCUACCCUACCACCUAACGAUCCCAAAUACCAAGCUUCUCAAUCUUCACUCGAAAUCCACUCUCAUACUCUGCAGAUUUUCACAGCCACAAAAGACCCAUCAGAAAGCAACCGUUUCAGAGACCCAAUCAUUGGAUCUCCCACCCGAACCCGACGGCACCGGAGCGGCCGCACCGACCCCAGGCGACCGGUUCCUCGAACGACACCGUUCCUUUGAGGCUGCGAAGGUCCUACUCAAAGAGAAAAAGAAGAAGAAGAAAGAGAAGCCCAUGAAGGUUUCUACGAACGUCGCUUGUUGUUAUGGGUGUGGAGCUCCGUUACAGACUUCGGAGCCUGAUGCUCCGGGUUAUUCGGACCCCGAGACCUACGCAUUGAAGAAGAAACACCACCAGCUUAAAACCGUUAUAUGCGGAAGGUGCAAGCUUCUGUCUCAUGGGCACAUGAUAACUGCUGUUGGCGGGAAUGGGGGCUAUUCUGGCGGGAAACAGUUCAUUAUGGCUGAACAGCUUCGGGAGAAGCUGGCACACCUGCGCCAUGAGAGAGCAUUGAUAGUUAAAUUGGUUGAUAUUGUGGAUUUCAAUGGUAGCUUUUUGGCUCGUGUGCGUGAUUUGGCUGGUGCAAAUCCUAUAAUAUUAGUGAUUACUAAGGUUGAUUUACUUCCCAAAGGGACUGAUUUUAAUUGUAUUGGUGAUUGGGUUGUAGAGGCCACUGCAAAGAAGAAGCUUAAUGUUAUAAGUGUUCAUCUUACAAGUUCGAAGUCUUUGGUUGGAGUAACUGGAGUUGCAUCAGAGAUCCAAAAGGAGAAGAAGGGGCGGGACGUUUUUGUUCUGGGCUCAGCAAAUGUAGGGAAAUCAGCAUUCAUCAGUGCUUUGCUGAAAAUGAUGGCAGAAAACGAUCCAGUUGCUGCAUCAGCGCAAAAGUACAAACCAAUACAAUCUGCAGUUCCAGGAACUACCUUAGGUCCAAUUCAAAUUAAUGCUUUCCUAGGAGGAGGGAAAUUAUAUGACACACCUGGAGUUCAUCUCCACCAUAGGCAAGCAGCAGUGGUUCAUUCAGAAGAUCUACCUGCCCUUGCUCCUCAAAGUCGGCUAAGGGGUCAAUCUUUUCCUAAUUCUCAGGUGUCCUCUGGAAAUGGAACAGCAGGGAAUGACAAUUCCAAUGGUUUGAAUGGCUAUUCAAUAUUCUGGGGAGGUCUUGUCAGAGUAGAUGUCUUGAAGGUUCUCCCUGAAACACGAUUGACAUUUUACGGGCCAAAGAGUCUUCAGAUUCAUAUGGUACCUUCUGACAAGGCAGAUGAGUUUUACCAGAAAGAACUUGGAGUUCUGUUAACACCUCCAACUGGAAAACAAAGAGCAGAUGAAUGGAGAGGACUUGAAACUGAGCGUCAGUUGCAAAUAAAAAUUGAAGAUGUGGAGAGGCCGGCCUGUGACGUGGCCAUAUCAGGUUUAGGAUGGAUCACUGUUGAACCCCUUUGCAAAUCAUCGACAAGUUCCGAUUCCAGAACGGAAGCAACUGCAGGAGAACUGCAUUUAGCCGUGCAUGUCCCGAAGCCAGUCGAAAUAUUUGUUAGGCCCCCAUUGCCGGUGGGUAAGUCUGGAGCAGAAUGGUAUCAGUAUAGGGAGUUGACUGAGAAGGAAGAGGAAAAUGUGAAAAUGAAAAUGACGACCACAAAUGCGAGGAUUGGUUCUGUAAAGUGA